AUCAAAAAUAAUUCUAAAAAAUGUAUGAUAAUAAUAUUAAUAAAAUGAUUUUCUCAAAAUAUAAUUUAAAAAAAAUAGAAGAAUAAUUAGGAUAUUUUAUUAAUUCUAAUUUUCAAAUGGAUGAAUGUAUGGGAUCACCGAUUACGAGCUUACUAAAUCAUACUCAAUCGCCUGUAAAUGAUCCUUUCGAAAAUAGUGGACUUGUUAAAUUUCGUAAUGAAUUUAGUAAAAUUCAUGGUCCAUUAUCUUUAGCUGUAUGCGCAUUUGGUAUUCCUGCAAAUCUACUCAAUAUUAUUGUGUUAACACGUCGUGAACUCGCUCAAACAGCUACAAAUCAUCUGUUGCUAUGGUUAGCAUUUGCUGACCUUCUUCUCAUGGUGAUGUAUGCUCCAUGCCUUUAUCAUUUUUUUAUUCUUCAUCCGCAUCCAAUGAAACCGCCAAUUUAUACACCAUCAAAAUUAUGGAUUACAUAUCAUGAAAUAUUUGCGAGUUGUUCGUUGAUGUUUCAUUCACUAGCCUUAUGGUUAGCUGUUAUCCUAGCUUUAUUCCGUUAUAUACAUGUUGGAUUUCCAGUGAUCGGUUCCACGUAUACAACACGGAAACGUGCAUUUUUGUCAGCUGUACUGACGACAAUAUGUUGUAUAUUUAUUACUAUACCAAAUAUACUGGUAAAUCAUAUAAGAUCAUGUCAUGGACCCGUAUUCAAUGUUAAAUCUUAUAAUUCCGUUUAUCAAAUGGAUACAUUGAACAAAAGUAAUGUACAAAUUUAUUAUUUUAUAUCAUCCGAUCCCUACGAUGAUGAGACGGAUGAUAAUAAAAGUGAUCCGAAUGCAUAUCAUCUUACAUCAGAGCAUUCCAACUACUCAUCUUUAUCUUCAUCGCCCUCGACAACAUUCCAACAUUCAUUAAUGUUUAGAACACCAUCAAAACGAUUGCACACCUUUAAUGUUUGGUUACAAUCGAUUGCAUCAAAGAUAGCACCUCCAUUUUUAUUGACAAUAUUAACUAUUCUCCUGAUUGGAGAAUUACAAAAAGCAAUACGUCGUCGAAGAGCUCUAUUUCGUAAUCGUGAUAAAUUACAGAUUAAAACAUUGGCAGUACCUCCACCAAGCGGAGGAGCUGCAGGAGACGUGAAAAAGAAUCAUCAACGACAAUCUAUACCAUUUAUUCAUAACUCAUCAACUCUAUCCAACUAUUCAAAUGAUGAAGGUAAAAAGUUGACACGUGAAAAUCGUACUACAGCUUUACUUUUGACAAUUGUGAUAUUUUUUCUUAUCAUAGAAUUACCUCAAGGUAUACUUGUGAUAUGUUUACAUUUAAUAGAAAAUUUUGAAGAGGAUGUUUAUCAACAUGUUGGAGAUUUAUUGGAUUUUUUAACUCUACUGAAUGAAUCGAUUAGUUUUGUUAUCUAUACAACAAUGUCACAUCAAUUUCGUAAAACAUUUUAUAAUACAUUUUGUCCAUUAUUAUAUAAUAAAAUGAAUCAGUCACAGGAGAAUACAUUGAAUCGUUCUCAUCAUCAUCACCAACAACAACAGCAACAGCAACAGAAAUACCAAGCUCACCGCCAACAACAAUGUUCUGAACAGAUUCUUUUAACAAAGCAGAAGGUGGAUCAACCUUCAUGGGAUCCACAGAAAUCAGAAAAGAUAAUUAAAUUUUCAGAAAAUCUCAGAAAUAAAGAUGGUAUCAACAAUGUGAAUAAUAAUAAUAGUGAUAAAACAUUAAGUAACAAUACAGUAAUCACUCAAUCUUCAAUAUGCACAUAGUCAAUGAAAAAUUGAAUUGUCAGUUGAACAAGUAAUUGAAUUGAAUAUUCAAAUAUUGAACAGUUGGGUAAUGCUUUUGAACCAGAUCAAGAAUAUAUAUGUAUAUAUGUAUCGAAUAAAAUAGAGAAUAAGUAUAUGGAAAAUUUCACAGUUUUAAAAUGUAAUUUAUAGUUGAGAAAAACAGCAAUAAAGUAGUCCUAUUUCGACGGUUGUGUUUAAUGAUAUCGAGUAGCCUUAUAUGUUCUAUAUACAAUAAAUCUGGUUGCCUUGAAGGCACCUGGGAAGAGUUAAAGGUUUGUGUCAACUUUUAUUGUGACAGGAAUCAAGACGGAUAGUAUGAAAGACACUUCUGGCUAGAUGACUAUUGCGAGUAGUUAAAUGUAUGGCACUUAGUUCCAAAGGGGUGAAUCCGACAACCACCUGUGUCCACAGUCUCCUUCAGACAGUAGCUAUCGCG